UUUUCACCGACAAGUACUUUUCCAGUACUGCUCUUCAUUUUGGCCUCUUUUCUGCCCUUUCUUCAUCAACAGCAACUGCUUCUGCUGCAACUUGACGUUUCUCGUAUUGCUUUUCCACCUCUCUUAGCGCCCAUCGCUUUUCGCCCCUCCAACUACCAAACUUAGAUAUUUUUUUUUGGGAAGCAAAAAAGGUACAAGCCCAUACGCGCUAGCUACGUCACUGGCCCCUCAAUUGCACAGCGCUGGCCCCCCAAAUUCGAGACAAAGGUAACAUUGUCGGGACAACAAAACACCAAAGCCAAAGUACCAGCCAAGCCACACUCACCCAGCUUUCUCUCCAAAACUGCAACAGCAUCGCAGAAACAAAAAAAAACCGAGAGCGACAUCGACGAUAGAAUUAUCGCCCGAGCCACAGCAUCGCGCGUAAAGCGUCAGAAACCACCACCGCAGCGAAUCUCACACUGUUUACCGGCCAAAUCGCGUGUCAGAGCUACGGCCCUCGUCACCCCCCUUCUUCACCUUGCCUCUGCAACUGCCGGUAGCUUCAGACGUAACCCAAUCGACGGAGCCGGCUCCCGCGAACCUCACCACCCAUCAUGUCGUAUAAUCGCAUAGGUGAUCCAUAUUACCGAAACGGCCAGAGUCCUGGACCGCCAACCCCGAUGGAUAAUCACGGAGGGAGAUACAGAUCGCCAUCGCCUAGCCAUCCUCUCCAGCAGGGCUACCAGAUGGACGAUCACUCAUACGGUCACAAUCAGGGCCAUGGCCACCAGAAUCUCGAUAUGCAUUCCGGCCCCAGCCCCAACCAUCCUCAGCGCUUCGGCACGCCAAGCGACCAGCUCAACAUUCACGCCGCACAAUCCGUCGAGAAUCUCUCUUACAACCCACAGACAGACUAUGCAGUGAACCCCGAAGCCCAUCACGAUGCCUACUAUAAUCAGCCCUAUGAGCCUAACCCACAUGACGGCGCCGGCUACAACGCCCCUGGAUACGAGCAGCAAGGUUACGAACAGCGCCGCUACGAUCUUGAGGACACCAACCAGCCUAUGUUGGACCAGCACCAGCAUGAGGAGAGUCCUUUCAAGGACCCUAAGCAGCAGGUGCAGCAACAAUCACAGCCCAUUCGACGAUUCAAGACCGUCAAGCAAGUUUUAUUGUACCGCGGUAACCUCGUUCUCGAUUGCCCUGUGCCUCCCAUUCUGCUUCAGCAAAACCCCCAUGGAGAGCGUGAUGAGUUCACCCACAUGCGAUACACUGCCGCCACUUGCGACCCGUCCGACUUCUACAACGAGAACUUUACUCUGCGCCAGAAGCUUUUCAGCAAGCCCCGUCACACCGAAUUGUUCAUCGUUGUCACCAUGUACAACGAAGAUGAAGUGCUUUUUGCGCGUACCAUGAUGGGUGUUUUCAAGAACAUCGAGUACAUGUGCAACCGACCCAACAGUAAGACAUGGGGUAAGGAUGCCUGGAAGAAGAUUGUCGUCUGCGUUGUCAGCGACGGUCGUGCAAAGAUCAAUCCUCGCACCAAGGCUGUCCUCUCCGGUAUGGGUGUGUACCAAGAGGGUAUCGCCAAGCAGCAGGUCAACAACAAGGAUGUCACUGCGCAUAUUUACGAAUACACGACCCAGACACACGUUACCCUCAAGAAUGACGUUGUAGGACUUGUACACCGCCGCCAGCCGGUUCAGAUGCUCUUCUGCCUCAAGGAGAAGAACCAGAAGAAGAUCAACUCUCACCGUUGGUUCUUCCAAGCCUUUGGCCGUGUCCUAGACCCCAACAUUUGCGUCCUUAUCGAUGCCGGUACUCGCCCUGGUGGCAACUCCAUCUACCAUCUGUGGAAAGCCUUUGACCUGGAGCCCAUGUGCGGUGGUGCUUGUGGUGAAAUCAAGGCCAUGUUGGGCACGGGAGGCAAGAACCUCCUCAACCCGCUUGUUGCGACGCAAAACUUCGAGUACAAGAUGAGCAACAUCCUCGACAAGCCUCUCGAGUCUGCCUUUGGCUUCAUUUCCGUGCUUCCUGGUGCCUUCUCCGCCUACCGAUACGUCGCCCUACAAAACGACAAGAAUGGAAGAGGCCCGCUGGAAAAGUACUUCUUGGGUGAAACUCUGCACGGUGGUAGUGACGCCGGUCUGUUUGAAUCCAACAUGUACCUCGCUGAAGAUCGUAUUCUGUGCUUUGAGCUGGUCACAAAGCGCAACUGCCACUGGAUCUUGCAGUACGUCAAGUCGGCAACGGGUGAGACUGAUGUUCCCGACACCGUCACCGAACUUGUUCUGCAGCGUCGUCGAUGGCUCAACGGUUCCUUCUUUGCCGCCAUCUACGCCAUUGCCCACUUCCACGAUUUCUUCCGCUCCGACCACUCGUUCCUCCGAAAGUUUGCCUUCUUUAUCGAAUUCGUCUUCCAAACUGUCAACAUGAUCUUCGCCUGGUUUGCUAUUGGUAACUUCUUCCUGGUCUUCAAGAUUCUCACCACGUCUCUCGGUUCCGAUAAUCUGCUCGGUAACGUCGGUAAUAUUCUCGGUGUCGUCUUUACUUGGCUGUAUGGUGUGUGUCUCGUUACCUGUUUUGUUCUCUCCAUGGGUAAUCGUCCUGCCGGUUCUGGAAGACUUUACACGGCAAUGGUGUGGUUCUGGGCCAUUAUCAUGGUCUACCUUAUGUUUGCCGCCAUCUUCAUCGCCACCAAAGCUAUUAUUGCAGACUUGUCGGUGCACACAAAGUUCAACGUUAGCGACCUUUUCAGCAACAAGGUCUUUUACACGCUCAUUGUCUCCGUCAUGUCGACCUUUGGUAUCUGGCUGAUUGCGUCCCUGCUCAUGUUUGACCCCUGGCACAUGUUCACCUCGCUUGUUCAGUACAUGCUCCUCACACCAACAUACACCAACGUCCUCAACGUCUACGCCUUUUGCAACACCCACGAUGUGUCCUGGGGUACCAAGGGUGAUGAUAAGGUGGAGAAGCUGCCCUCGGUCAACACCAAGGAUGGUGCUGGUAAGACGGAUUUGCCCGACGAGGGUGACUUGAACGCCCAGUAUCAGCGUGAGCUCUCUGUCUUUGCCACAAAGUACAAGGCUGUCAAGCUCCCUCCUACGCCUUCCCAGCUUCAGGAGAAGCAGAUGGACUACUACCGUGGUGUCCGUACCGGUGUCGUCUUGGCUUGGAUGCUUACCAACUUUGCCCUGGCGGCAGUCGUGCUGAGCGCGGCUGGCCUAGAGCGAAUCAGCACCAAACCAGCCGAUGGAUCUACGGACCAAGCUGCUACAAGUUCUGCUGGGCGCACCGACAUCUACAUGGCUGUUGUGCUGUGGAGUGUUGCUGGUCUUAGCGCCUUCAAGUUUAUUGGAGCCAUGUGGUUCUUGAUUGUGAGAAUGUUCCGUGGUGUAUAGAGUUUCAUGACCUGCUUUUUGUCUUGCUCUGUCUUAUUUUAUAUUCCGUUUUUUUUCUGUAGACGGAUGUGGUGGCUUUUUUGUCUUUAUCCUUCUUUGCCUCGACGGUAACCCGUUUUCUUUUUUUUCUGUCACUUUGCCCUAUCUGAUUUUCUCUGUUGGUUCGCCUUGAUCUUCUAUUCUGUAUACCCUGCUAGCUCUGUUAAAGGACAGAGCCAAGAUUAGGAUUGGCCUUGGUUUAUUUUUGUAUCUUAUAGUUUAUACUCUUCUUUUUGCUAUCAAGAUAUUUAAUGACACUACUGAAAUCAACAAUUUUCUACACGUGCACAAA